UCAUGGAUUAAUUUAAUUGAAAAACGGCCUAUUUACUCAACACUACUUUCUGAGACCGCGCGAUGGCGAGGCGAGGGCUGGCGGCUGGCGCCGGCGCCGUCUCCAGGGUUCGAUUCGCGCCGUCCUCCAACAACCUCAUAGUCUCCUCCUGGGACUCGGGGCUGCGGCUGUACGAUGCGGACAAAUCCAUUCUCCGGCUGGAGGCGAAUUCCGAGGCAGCACUUCUGGACUGCUGCUUCAAGGAUGAGUCUGUGGCGUUCACAGGCGGUUCAGAUGGAUCUGUAAUAAGGUAUGACUUGAAUUCAGGGGCUCAAGAUACAGUGGGUCUGCAUGACGAUGUGGUUGUCAGCACUGAGUUCUCCCAGAUUACUGGUCAAUUGGUAACUUCUAGCCUUGACAAAAAGUUACUUUUCUGGGAUACACACACAAGAAGUGUAAACCCUAACCACACUUUCAUGUUAGAUUCAGUGGUGGUAUCACUUUCAGUCUGUGGCAUGUAUAUAUUAGUCACAGUUGAGAAUGAUGUUUACUGGUAUGACAUGAGGAAUUUAACAGCUUCGAUUAAGGCAAAAGAUUCCCCCCUGAGGCAUCAUAUACGGUGUCUUUGUGCUUCUGCAGAGUGGAACGGUUACGCGGCUGGAUCUAUGGAUGGAACUGUUGCGUUGAAGUAUUUUGACCAUAAAGUAGACAAUGACAUGGGAUAUACAUUUCGAUGUCACCCAAGAUCAAAAGAUGGAACAUCCAGUUUAGUUCCCAUAAAUAGUAUAGCAGUUCAUCCAUCCAAGCAAACUUUUGUUACUGGAGAUAAUGAAGGAUAUGCCAUUGCCUGGGAUGCUUUAUCAAAAAAGAAGCUGCUUGAGUUUCCUAGCUUUUCGGGCAGUGUGGCGUCAAUGGCGUAUAACCAUAGUGGCCAACUUUUGGCAGUUGCUUCAAACUUUACUCAUCAAGGAGCAGACAGAGUGCUGGAGGUGGAGGGGCACCAGAUAUUUAUCGAAACGAUGCGGGAUUCCAAAAGGAAGAAGUCUCCCUGAGAGUAGAAGCUCUCUUCUUACCCAGACCGGUCCAGCCGACUACUUGUACAAUUAAUCGAGCCCUGCCGCUGUAGUAUGUUGUGUUUUGUUGUAUGUAUGUUUAGGCUUUGUUGUUGUCACAUUACAUAGGCGACCAUCUUUUGCCUGCUAUUCAUCUGGAUCCUGGUGUGCCGUGCCUUGACUCGAGCAAAUGAUUGUAUUUUAUAUGCAGUUGUGUAGAGUUGUGACAUUUUUUCAGAUGGAAGUGUGGAGUUGAGAGCUUGA